AUGGCCCGAGAGGCUUUCGCUUCGGGUACGACGGCGAUGGGUCCCGAUGUCAACGACCCCUUCGAGAUCCUCGGCGUCAGGCGAGAUCGAGCGAGAAAGAUCGCGCCCGAAGAUCUGAGAGCUGCGUUCCGACAGCGCGCAAAGGAGGCGCAUCCGGACAAGGGUGGCGACGCAGAUUCGUUCCAAAGGCUCAAAAAGGCGUUUGACGAUGCCCUCGCGGAGCUGAGCGCGACGGUGGCGGCCAAGGGUUCGGCACCGCAAUACGACUGGCGCAGGGGCAGGACCGCCGAAAACGCCCGUCCGGCUCCCAAGACGACGACGUCAACGCCGCGCGAGCGCCCCUCCGCUCCGGUCCCACGGCGGGACCAGAAGGUCAGUUCACGGACCUCCCAUCGAGGCACCAAUCUCGAGGCACCUCGUUUGGUCCUCUCUGGAUGCGCGGUGGACGGGGCUUCGUCCCCCGUCGUCUCCGUCGCGACGUCACCGGGUGGGAACUUCGUGGCAACCGCGUCGCUGGGCGGCGGCGUGCGACUCUUCGACUCGCGCACGGGCGUGAUGCUGGGCGCGUACACGCGCGAGUGCAAAGCGGCCAAAGCGAGUUCUUCUCGUUCGGGUAUGGUUCGAGGCGCGGUCGGGGUGUGGUUCGGACCGUGCGGCAUGCCACUCGUCGCCGCGUUUGCCGACGGGUCGCUCGCGGCGUGGAGAAUCAACUGCGACGAAUCCAGGCAUCUCCGAUCCCCCGUCGAACUGCUCGGACACACGCAUCGGGUCACGGCCGCGUGCUUCGCGGACUCCAACGUCCUGUGCACGGCGUCGGCAGACUCCACCGCGCGGGUCUGGAACCUGGCCGAGAUGUGGAACUCUCGCGAAGUGACGAGCGUCGAACUCGUGGGUCACGACGGGGCGCUCACGUGCUGCGCCGUGUCGAGCGGGGGCGACGGUCUCCCUAAGCUUCUGGCGACUUGCGAUGCGCGCGGCGCAUUCUGCGUGUGGUCCAUGGGGAGCGAUUUCAAAAAGUUGUAUCGCGUUCGUUGGAACGCCGGCGGAUGCGAGCGCAGCAAUGCGGGCGGAUUUGACGACGGCAUCGUGAAGUGCUUGUGGAUGCCCAGGAGCAACGAUUCCGAAUAUUUGGCGACGGCGCACGUCAUGCCGCAGCAUAACAGCAGCAGGGUGCUGGUGUGGCGAGUUCCCCCGCGGGACGCGCACGGUCGGAAAGGCCGGGACAUAACCGGGUACGCGAGGGAAUUCCCGGGAAAAGGGAGAGAGCUCCCAGGCAGAAUCACGGACAUGGUCUUAGCGGCGCAGCCGACGACCAAGUCAGUCUCAUCCAAGCGCGAUUCCGGUUCAUCCGAUGAAGAUUCAUCGGAUGACGACGACGACGGUUUUCUCAAAGACGGCGUCCUCGUGCUGAGCGGAUCGGGCGGCUGGAUCAGGGGCACGACGUGCAUGGACGGGAAGACCAUGUCCCCGCUGUGGAGCCUCACCGACGAACACUCCACGCUCGGGUCGAUGCACGCGGUGCACAGGGUGGCUGUCGCUCCGUCUGGUGCCCGGUUCGCUUCGGGCGGAGAGGACGGGACGGUGCGCGUGUGGGACUCCGAGGAUGCGACGGCGAUGGGCACGUUCGGUCACGUUUCCGAGAAUAGGGGACGCGUGUGGUCCAUCGCUUGGAGCGAGGACGAGUCGUUCCUGCUGGUCGGCUACGCCGGCGGAACCGCGGCUUUGUGGAACGUGCCCAUCGAAAUGAGAUAA